UCAAUAACUCGACCUUAUGAGGUGUUUCAAGAGAGGACAGAAUAUAGAAAUGCCCCUCCUACUGUUAGGGUAGAUAAGAUGUUUGAGAUGAUCAAGUCACGACUUCCCGGAACUCCUCAGUUCAUCCUCUGCCUUUUGUCAGACAGGAAAAACUCCGAUGUUUAUGGCCCAUGGAGGAUGAAAAAUCUCUCUGAAUUCGGGAUAGUGACUCAGUGCAUUGCUCCCACACGGGUCAACGAUCAGUACCUGACGAAUGUUCUUCUGAAGAUCAAUGCCAAG